CUCACCCCCGGCUGACGAUGAGGCGCAGCGACUCCAAGUUGCCGUGGUAGGCAGCCCAGAGGGUGGGGGUCAUGCCAUCCUCGUCGGGGGCGUUCAGUUCCUUCCGGGUGGCCUCCCUGAGGAGCUCCAGGUAGCCGUCCCGGGCCGCCCGGUGGUACUGGUCGUUCAUGGCGCCCGACUUCGACGGGGUGGACAGGGGCACGGGGAAAGGCCCCCCCGGCGGAGGAGGGUGGCGGGGUUAGGACUGAGGCAUGGGGUUGAAGGAGGGGACCGGGCAGGGGCCGGGGCCGCAAGGCCCGGCUGCCGCAGACAGAGGGUGCGGAGCGCCAGCGCCGCGGCUACACUGACAUCUGAGCCGCUCGCCCGGCAGGAGGCGGGAGGAUUUCCAGCGGCCCAGGGAGCCGCCCCCGGGCUGCCCCUGGGUCCUAAACACCCUGCCCCCGGGAGCAGAGGAGUGACACUCGCGCGGGCCUACCCUCUCUCCGAAAGUGCCUACCCCGGAGCCCCGCCCCGUGAGGACCAGUCUAGGGACAGUCCGCGGUCAGUCCUCACCAGCGCCCCGAAGCUGCGCCUCCGGAUGUGUCACCCGUCAAGGGAACGGGCCGAAGGCUGGGAAGGGGUGUCUGAGAGCAGUCCUGACCGUUCGGACAGUGGGCCUACGAGGGGUAGUAGGACCGACCGCCCAUCAGCGCGUAGGACCCAGCGGUCCUGGCCGCCACCCGCUGGCGUGAGGUCUGCAAGCCGCGCUCCAGCAGGUGGCGCUAAAAGACCGGGCGCGGACUCCGCGUGCGGCUGGGGAACUUGGUACCCACGCCCGACUUCACAGCCUCCGGCGGAGCAGGGGACGGGGAGCCGGAUAGAGGGAGAAGGCAUGUCGAUCACUGUGAGGGUGUCGGGGACAGGGGCGGGAGGGUCGGAUCUUGGGCCGACAACAGAGGAGCACAAAGGUAUAGGGUGCGCCGGGGUUGGGAGGGAGUCGGGGUGCCCGCGGGCCCUUGGGGCGUCCACUGAGCAACAGCGCUCGGGGCAACUAGCGGCCGGGAUCGCAGAGCGCCAGGGCGCGGUGGGCGCCAGGGGCGGGGUGCCCUUUGGGUGCCUCAGUGCAGGGCGGCGCUGGAGCCUGGCCUGGCGGAGGUGGCGGGGCGGCGGGGGAGGGGGCGCCUCUUGAACUGGUAAAUAUAAAUCUCACCUUCUCUGGCUCUCGCGCGCUCUUCCCUAAAUUCAGCUCGGAGAAAAGAUGGAUCAUGUGAGUGGUACUGAGAGGUUCAAGGAGCUGAGCUUCUGUGGUUGUAAAUCACCCUGCCCUCCCGGCUAUAAAGCGCCCGUCCGGUUCGGCGUGAGAGAGAGGAGACGCUCGCCGCCCUCUGACCCCAAGCUCAGCGCGGGCUCUCGGCCCAGCCAGUGACCCCUCCAACCUUCUCCAGUCGCCCCUGUCAUGUCCGAGGAGCUGGCCGCCGGCCCCAAGGAGAGCCCGCCAGCGCCGCCGGCAGGACCCCGCGAGGGAUGGAAGAAGGGCGGCCGCCUGCUCUCCGUGCUGCUGGCCGUGAACGUGCUGCUUUUCGCCUGCACGCUCAUCAGUGGCGGCGCCUUCAACAAGGUGGCGGUGUAUGACACCGACGUGUUCGCGCUGCUCACCACCAUGAUGCUGCUCGCCACGCUCUGGAUCCUCUUCUACUACCUCCUCCGCACCGUGCGCUUCCCGGAUGCUGUCCCCUAUCGAGAUGCGCACGCCGGACCCGUCUGGCUCCGAGGUGGGCUGGUGCUGUUUGGGAUCUGCACUCUGGUCAUGGAUGUCUUCAAGACCGGCUACUACUCCAGUUUCUUCGAGUGCCAGUCGGCCAUCAAGAUCCUGCACCCUCUUACCCAGGCUGUGUUCGUCAUUGUCCAGACUUACUUUCUCUGGGUCUCUGCUAAAGACUGUAUUCACAUCCACCUGGAUCUGACCCGGUGAGUGCCCGUUCCACAGCUCAAUGGCCUUGCCCGGGGUGCCAGUGCUCACCUUGCAUGAGAGAUGAAGGCUUUCCAACCUGAGGCAUGAGGCAGAAAGAGGUUGCUGCCCC